AUAAAAUACGAAAAGUGAAAUAUAUCGAUGGACUACUUAUGUGACCUAUCAAAAAACCGUUAACGAAUUGAAACUAACGUAUAAAACAGUGAUACAAUGUAGCCAAACAUAAAAUAUAAAUGAACAAAACAUAAUUCUUACUGCCAACGUCGUUGAAACUAUUUGUUGAUAUUUCUUCGUUAAUACGAAAAGGGGAUUCGUUCCUUCCAGGCAUUUCAUUGGCCAAUUGAAAAAUAUUCCCUGUUAUGAUUGGCUGCAAUCUGGAGAGAAUUUAUAUUCUAAAUAUCAAUAUUACAAAUUUUACCGCCAAAUAUAAUACCUAUUGUGAAAUUUUUAGGUUAUGUCGUAUUGUGAUGUCGAUAUUCGUUGACGUCACACGCUUGACAGGUGUCUGUAGAUAUCUGUGGCAAUUCAAAAAGAAUUUAUUAUGGCUCGUUACUUUCGAGAAGAAGAUAUUGAUGAUUUGUUCCAUUACAGAAUUCAGGGAAUGUUUUUACCUAUUUGCUCGCAAUGGUCAGAUUCGUACCUUAGAUGAAUUGACCAUCAUUAUGAGGUCGUUAGGUCUCAGUCCAACGAUUGCAGAAUUAAAUAAAUAUCUUAAAGAUAAAGGUGGAAAAAUGUCAUUCGCUGAUUUUCUGGAAGCCAUGCAUUUGCAAACAAGAGCGGAAGAUCUUCCAAAAGAAGUUAUAGAAGCUUUUCAAGCUGCAGAUACUGCUCAUACCGGUACUAUACCUGCACGACAAUUGGCUCACAUGCUUCUUCACUGGGGAGAAAAAUUAAGUAACAAAGAAGUUGAGCAAAUCUUUCGAGAGGCCAAUGUAUCCAUCAAUGGUAAUGUCAAAUAUGAAGAUUUUGUAAAGAUUGCCUGUGCACCAGUACCUGACUACUAUUAAGUAUAUAAAUUUUUGGAUUAUAAAUCUUUUAUAUAUACUAUUUGAAGAUAUUUAUUACUAUGUAAUUUGUAACACUUCUAUAUAACAUUAUACCAUUAAAAGAAACUUUUUUUGGCUUAA